AUGGCUCGCCUUACAAAGCGCCAGAGAAAAAACCGCAAGGAUAGAAAGAGACGAGCCAGGCGGGCCGCUGAGGCCGCCGCAAACGCGCCCCCUCCUUCUGCUGAGGAGGCCACCGCCGCGACUCUGCGUCGCACCGCUGCUGAUGCUGCCGCCCCCGGUAGUGGUGGUGGUGAUGGUGGUGAUGGUGGUGGUGGUGACCUUGGUGGCCCUGACCGUGAUGGCGGCCAGGGUGCUUCCCAAGGUACCACCGAGCAGGCAGUGACCGAGCCACUACCAGGUGGCCCUACCGACCCGGCGCCGGCCUCCCCCAUCCCCUCCUCUCCUCCAUACUCCCCCUCUUACUCUCCUCCCACCUUUGGUCCCAAUGCUAACUUCGUAUAA